UAGGUGGUUCGUGUCAAUGACUUUAACAGGUGUCGUCACUUUUCCUCAUGCAAUUUGAAUUUUUAUUGAUAUAAUAUAUAAAAACUAAACUGAUAGGAUAGGAUUUUACAUAACUAUGACGUGUUGGAGAUUAUCGAAAAUCAGAUAGUUGAAAAAUCUUGUCAAUUAUUUCAACAACGCUCAUAAUGUCUUGGAUAAUAGAAAACUCAUUGAACAAAUUCCAGUAUUUCCUUGUUAACGUACUGAAAUGUGGACCUAUACCAAAACAUGUAGGCAUUAUUAUGGAUGGAAACAGGCGAUACGCCAGGAAAAUCAAUGUUGAGAAAGUCGUGGGUCAUACUAUGGGAUUUGACAAAUUAUCUGAGACUUUGGAAUGGUGUAAAGAAAUGGGAAUCAAAGAAGUUACAGUAUACGCUUUCAGCAUGGAAAACUUCAAAAGAACUCCUGAAGAAGUUGCAGAUCUUAUGGAUUUAGCUACUGAAAAGUUUAAAGAUCUUUUAAAAGAAGAAAAUAAGCUAAUGAUGGAGGGAAUUUGUGUUAGAGUUAUAGGAGACCUUUCAAUGUUGAGGAAAGAUUUACAAAAACUUAUAGCAAAAGCCAUGUUACUUACCAAAGACAACACGAAAUCAUUUUUGAAUAUAGCAUUCGCCUAUGUUAGUAGAGAAGAAAUAACAACUUCUGUAAAAAGUGUGAUAAAAGGGGUAGAAGAUGAAUUGAUAGACAAGGACGAUGUUACCGAUAGGCUGAUAUCGCAGUGUUUGUAUUUGAAUUCUUUCCCUGAUUUGUUAAUAAGGACCUCAGGAGAAGUUCGUUUGAGUGACUUCUUGUUAUGGCAGAGUUCGAAUUCAAUAGUUUAUUUUUCUCAGGUCUUAUGGCCUGAAUUUUCGUUCUGGGACUUUGUUGUUUGUAUUCUUCACUAUCAGAAAUCUUACUACAAACUUGAUGAAAUAAAAUUGAACAGUACCGCUGGUGUACCUCAGAAUAAGAGAGUUGAGAAAUAUCUAUCGAUUUUGAGAGAAAAUAAAUUCAAAUUACUGGAAACUUAUGCUUUGAAUGAAUGAAUGUUCCAUGAUUUGUUCAUGGAGACGAGCUUCGUUUGAAUUUUAGAUGUAAGAAAUUGUAAAAUCGAAUCAUAAUAUAUUACAAAUAGCCCA